UCCCAGCCGGUGAUUUCUGAAGAUAUCCAUUGGGGAGAACUGUUUUGUUUACUUACAGUUCUCCUCCCUGUCAGCUCGGGCACACUGCUUUGGAUGGCUGUGCACAGCACAGCCAUCCAGAGCAUUGUGAUUACAGUGAAGCACACAGACACCGCCCCCCUAGUAAAACACUCUCUGCACACAGUUAACCCUUUGAUCGCCCCUCAUGUUAACCCCUUCCUGCCCAGUGCCAUUAGUACAGUGUCAGUGCUUUUUUAGCACUGAUCACUGUAUUGGUGUCAUUGGGGAUGUCAGUGACACCAAGUCAGUUCACAUCAGUGUCAGAAUGUCCGCCGCAGUCCCGCUAUAA